AUGGUCAAUCAACGCCAUCCCGUCAAGGGCCCUUUGCGCCCAAUCAACCCCAACGACGACUCGCACUCCUCUGUGCCGAAGACAUCAACACCUAGCAAACAGGCUCAUGGCAUUCAGAGUAGCUCUGCAAGGCCCCAGAGCCGUGGCACAGCCGCCUUAGAUCCUGCUUCGCUAUCCUCCAGAUUCGACGCUAUGCGUGUGUCAACCACGCCCAAGGGCAAGCCGCCAAAUGCUACUAACAUGUCUGCUCGCCGCAUGCCACCUCCACAACAGUCAGACAGCCCCGACGUCGUUGAAAUCACCAGCGUCGAUUUCAAGCAACCAUCAUCGUCAAGACCAAGCUCCAAGGAAAGCCAACCUAGUCAAUACGAGCAAUCGAUGCUGCACUCUGAGGCCCUAGAGUCAUUCUUUUCAGACACCAAGCGGCACGACCCCUUCCAUCCUUCUUCGUCCCCACGGCCCGUGUUUGGCCACCCGACGAAGAUAGUGUCGUCUCUUAAGCAAAAGGCGGCAGGCAUCUUCAACGAGCGGACAUCUCGACCCGAGCAUCACAGAGCUCAGCAGGUGUCUGUACCUGCCGUACCACUGUAUCAAGACCAAAAACCUGCGCCUCUCACUCUCUACAGCUCUAUCGGACCCGAUGCAAACCCUUCCACAUAUCGACCGACCGGCAACUUUGGCGAUGCCGAUUUCUACACCGAUCCAGCCAAGGCUUCUGCGGACUUGAAAGCACUCCUGGAGGGUGGCAUGGAAGAUGACGAGGAGGAGGAUCAGGAGAAACAGGAUACAGAAAAAGACGGCAAAGAUGGCAGUAUGGAAGGUCUCAAGGUGAAACUCCUGCCUCAUCAAGUCGAGGGUGUCGAGUGGAUGAAGGGCCGUGAACUUGGACCCGUCAAGAGAGGCAAGGUUCCCAAGGGUGGUAUCCUGGCAGAUGACAUGGGUCUUGGCAAAACUCUCCAAACAAUCGCUCUCAUCCUGAGCAAUCAGAAGCCUUCCAAGGGCGAGAAGGGCUACAAAAAGCAUUUCGAUGGCAUUGAGAAGACAACAUUGGUUGUGGCACCUCUGGCCCUGAUCAGGCAAUGGGAAUCAGAGAUCAAGGAGAAGGUGGUGAAAUCGCACGGAUUAAAGGUAUGCGUUCACCACGGGCCCCAGCGCACUAAGCGCUUCAAGGAUCUCGCGCUGUACGACGUUGUCGUAACCACCUAUCAAGUGCUUGUCUCCGAAUGGGGCCACUCGUCAGAAGACGAGAACGGUGUGAAGGCAGGAUGUUUUGGUCUUCACUGGUGGCGUGUGGUCCUUGAUGAGGCCCACACCAUCAAGAACCGCAACGCAAAGUCGACAAAAGCUUGCUAUGCUUUGCGGUCGGAAUACCGUUGGUGUUUAUCUGGAACACCAAUGCAAAACAACCUUGAAGAGUUGCAGUCUCUGAUCAAAUUUCUCAGAAUCAAGCCCUACGAUGACCUCAAAGAGUGGAAGGAGCAGAUUGAGAAGCCGCUCAAGAAUGGCAAGGGUCAUGUCGCUAUUCGUCGUCUCCACAGCCUGCUUCGGUGCUUCAUGAAGCGUCGCACGAAGGAAAUUCUUAAGGAAGACGGCGCCCUCAAUCCUGGUGGCAAGCCAACCAAAGAGGGUGAAAAGUCUGGUACCGGCUUCAAGGUCACCGAGCGCAAGGUUGUGACGGUUGCCACCGCAUUUUCCCCCGCGGAGCGCCGCUUCUACGACAGACUGGAGGCUCGAGCUGAUGAGAGCAUCGAGCGCAUGUUGAAGGGCAAGGUGGACUAUGCUAAUGCUUUAGUCCUGCUCCUGAGACUUAGGCAAGCUUGCAACCACCCGAAGCUGGUCGAGGGAAAGCUUGACAAGGACAAGGACGCACUCUCGACCGACGCGGGCCAAAAGAACGUAUCGGCAGACAUCGACGCCCUCGCCGACAUGUUCGGUGGCAUGGGCAUCGUCACAAAGACCUGCGGCAUUUGUGGCCGGGAUCUGCCCAAAGAUAUUGCCAAGAGCGGGCAGGAUACUUGUCAAGAAUGUUACGAUGAUCUUGCAUACUUCAAAGAGCAUGAGACGCCAAGAAGAAAGAAGCCCAAGUAUAAAAAGGGCAAGCUAGGCAAGGUGAAGAAGAUUGUAGAGCAGAGUUUGGUUGCCGAUGAUGAGGACGAGAGCCCACAGAAGCCCAAGUCUCGGCGGCCUAGGAAACGCAAUGUUGUCAUGGAUAGCGACGACGAGGAGGCGGAAGGUGACUGGCUCGUUCCCGAAGACCAGCAAGUCCAGCUCCGCAUGGGCAAGGCCGGAGGUGAAGAAGAUGAAAAUGCAGAGGGUGGCGGAGACUGGAUCGGAUCUGAAGACUCGAGACACGGGUCUGAAGAUGAAGACGACGGCAGCAACCUCGACAGCUUCGUUGUCAAGGAUGAUGGGGUCAAGCCCGAGGACGUGGAUGAUAGUCUUGCUUCAGACGACAGCCUUCCCUCGAUAGCAGCGAUAGCAUCGCAGCUCGAUGAGAAGUAUAGGUCAUCCAAGUCCUCCGAGGCUGACUUCGAGUCUGACUCGGAAGAAGAUACCGGGGUCGACGAGUCGGAAGUAUACUCUGACCGAGACUCACGCUACAAACCUAACGGCCAGGUAUCGCAGAUUCUCGCGUCCGCCAAGAUCCGCCAAAUGAUGCAGCUACUGCACAAGGAGACCGACGAGCACAAGUUCAUUGUAUUCUCGCAGUUCACCUCAAUGAUGGACCUUGUGGAACCUUUCUUCCGCAAGGAGGGCCUCAAAUUCACACGCUAUGACGGCAGCAUGAAGAAUGACGAGCGCGAGGCUAGCUUGCACCGCCUGCGCAACGACAAGAACACGCGCAUCCUGCUUUGCAGUCUCAAGUGUGGCAGCUUGGGUCUCAACCUCACUGCAGCCACCCGAGUCAUCAUUCUCGAACCCUUCUGGAACCCUUUUGUUGAGGAGCAGGCCAUUGACCGAGUUCACCGCCUCACACAGACAGUCGACGUCGUCGUCUACAAGCUCACCGUCGAGAAGACGGUGGAGGAGCGUAUCCUCCAGCUGCAAGAGAAGAAGCGUCUGCUCGCUGAGACGGCCAUCGAGGGAGGCAUGAAGAAGGACGCGUUCAAGCUCGGCUUCAAGGAGAUCAUGGAUCUGUUCCGCCGCGAUGACUCUCACGGUGCCGGUGCCGAAAACCACGACAACUAUGUCGACCAGUCGCGCAGCACCUCGGCGCGAACCAGUAGACAAGGCUCCCCCGAGAUCGGAAUGCUACAAAAGGCCCGCAAGGCGCCGAAGAAGGCGGAACACGAGAUGUUCGGUCGCCGAUGGUAG